AUGGGAGAGGGCAUGUUCACACCUGGCACCAACAUGCACCAGGAGAUCAAACCUCAGCUCCAAGACUGUCUGCUCUGUCCUCUCGGCCCUGGAGCUGAAGAUGCUGCAGAGGAGAGGGAGAUGGGAGUCCUGCUGGAGCUGAGUGGACUGUCCUGGGACUGUGGUGACUGCAGACCCGCAGCUGAGCCCUGCGUGGAGCAACUAAAGCCAGUAGGAGACACUGGAACACUGCACACAAGAAGAAGUGGCUUUGAGGGGUGGGCAAAAGGUUGA